CACGCUCCUCACCUCUCUCCUCCCGACGCUCACGACCCAGAUACGACGCUCACGACGCGCGCAAGACACAACCUCGCAAUGGCGGCAUCCCUCGCCGUCGCUAGCUCGGCCUUUUCUACUCUAUAUCGCAUCCUGGCCUAUGCCUUUCUCGAAGUGGCCCCCCAAUCCCACCUAAAAUACGUUCUUCCGGUCCUAUACAUCGCCUACGUCGCUGCAUCCCAUUAUGGCGCUCCCGCUUUUUCGGAAGUCGUCGCGGUCAAGGAGGAGUCCGUAACCAUCGCAGAAAAGUCAGAGACGAAUGGCGAUGUUGUCACCGACGUCGUGGUAUCUGAAACGACCGCGAUAGUACCCGUCGUGGAGUCCCCUACACUCAAGUCGGCCCUCGCGACGGUAGUUUUCUCUAUACCCUCUCCAGUGCGCGCGCUGCGUAGGGCCAAUCUCGUCAUCAAUACUCUGCUUCUACUCGCGACUGCGGAGUUUGUGUUCUUCCCGUACUUUGAUAGCGCGUCUGACGUCGUCUUCACUCGCGUCGGCGCGCUUUACCCGGACUCGGCGAAGAUUGUAGUCCGCUACCCCUCGACAAAUGCGACGGAGAACCUCGUGCACGUUGUAUGGCGACAGGCGGACGACAAGACGGACUCUGACGCCCCUUGGCGCGAGGGUCCCGUCGCGAACCUUACCGCGGAGCACGACUGGGUACAAACCGUCCGUCUGCAAGGGCUAUGGCCGACUACUCAGUACGAAUACCGGUUCCAAGACAUCAACAGCACAGUGCUUCCCUACCCUGCCACUCCGAUCCGCUUCCAUACUGCCCCGGAUCCCCGUCUGCACAGCGGCUCUUAUUACCGCUUCAUUGCUACAUCUUGCAUGACGCCGAACUUCCCCUAUUCCCCUCUUAGCGGCCGCCGGCUCAAAGGUAUGGAUCUGCUCGCGGAAUACCUCUGGCCUUCCCAGCGUACCUCUACCCCCGCCCCUUCCCCUGCUCCCGCUGUGGCUGCCCAGAAUACCUCUGAAACAGCAGAUAGCACGUCCGCUGAUAACGCCACCGCUCCGGCAGCCGUCAACACUACCAGCUCGGUAGAGUCUGUAGCCCUUACGGAGUUCAUGGUCUUCAUGGGAGAUUUCAUUUACGCCGACGUGCCUGCUUACUUCGGUGACGACAAAGAAGCGUACCAACGCCUCUACCGCCGCAACUACAACAGCCCCAGCUUCCGGAAAGUCUAUGAGCGCCUGCCGAUCAUCCAUACAUACGACGAUCAUGAGAUCAUCAACAACUACGCCGGACAGGGCAACGCGUCUCUCCCGCCGUUCGAGAAUGCGACCAACGCGUUCGAGCUGUACAACACGGAGGCCAACUACGACUCCGUUGACGAGGGACAAUACUACUACGACUUCCGCUAUGGCGACGCCGCGUUCUUCGUGAUGGACACGCGCAAGUACCGCUCUGACAUCUUCUCGGACGACCCAGCGACCCACACUAUGCUCGGUGACAAGCAGCUCACCGCACUAUACAAUUGGCUCGGCAAGGUCAACAACACCGCCGUCUUCAAGUUCGUCGUGUCCUCCGUCCCCUUCACGGCUCUCUGGACCUACGAGGGUGUGAUUGACACUUGGGCCGCGUUCCCUUACGAGAAGAGCGCACUGCUCAGCGCAUUCCAAUCUGUGCCUAACCUCAUUGUGCUCUCCGGCGACCGCCACGAGUUCGCGGCGAUCGAGUUCGAGAGCGGCGACUCUGGACACAACGUGCUCGAGAUCUCGACGAGCCCCUUGAGCAUGUUCUACGUGCCGUUCAUCCGCACCCUCAAGCCCCGUAGUGAGGAAGUCGUGAACAAGACGCGCGAGGAGGUGGUCCUCCUGGAGGACGGCACGCAGGAGGUCGUAAAGCACGUCGACGAGAUCCCGCGGGAGAAUGUCAUCCGGUAUAUCGCCGAGGGGAACUAUAAGUGGGCAUCCCUCGAGGUCGACACAAGAGACUACAGUCAUCCCGUUGUACGAGUAGAGAUCAUGAUUGACGGCAAGCCCGCAUACCACCUGGAGGUCGUGGGCAAGCCUGUGAAGCUGCAGUCGACGACUUCGCUCGGCGCGCUCGUGCCUCAGUCGUUCAAGGGCGUGCUAGACCGGAUCGGCCUCAAGCCCAACAAGUGGUUCUGAUCGCCCCAAAUGCAACUGCCCCCAGGGCUACAGCAUGUAUACCAGUAGAUGAUGCAUGGCGUCAUAGAUUUGCAGCGGAACUACUAGUAGGAUGGUUCCUUUGGAGAUGCGGUGUAUUGGAGGGUGUAUGUUACAGCUAGUUUUAACUCCUGUUUGCUUACGUUGCUUCGUCCGAGGAGUAUGUACUAGUAAGCUAAGUGUUUGCGUGUGCUGCUCGUGAAUCAUUAUCGUGUGCCC